AUGGCAUCUAUCUCCCUUCGCACCGGAGGACCCUCCUUGCGCCUCCGCACUCUGCAAUCAACCCGAAUGACCCGGAGCAUCACACCAUCUCGCGCCUUGUACAGCAUCUUAGCCAGAAACACCCCCAGACAUUGGAACACAUCCAGCACACGCAUUACCACUCCAUUGAAAAUCGUCCCAACAAUCCAACAACAUUCACCCCUCCACAUCCGACCCUACUCGAGCACCACACCCCCCAAACCAACAGCAGACCUGCUCAUCGAAGAACUCCAAGACCUCUACGAAAUCGCCAAAGACGAAUUCGAAAUUGCAACUGACAGCACAGACGGCGCAACCAUCUACGCCGCCUCUGACCGCGAGUCUGCGCGCGAUGCUUUGAACCAGCUCUGCGCCGUGUAUCAUCUGUACACUGUUCGGCCGGGUGAAGAUGUCGAUAGUGGUGUCAGGAAUAUUGAGAAUGGGGGUGAGGGACGGUCGGAAGUUGGAGAGGAUGCGGUUGUUGAGACGAAUUUUAAUCCGGAGGAUGUUGGGGCGGAGGUUCGUGGUGAGGUUAGGAGGAGGGUUGGGCAGAGGGUUCGGGAGUUGAGGAAUGCGGUUGAGGUUCUUGAGGAGAGGGCUCAUGCUGAAUGA